UCAGACAAAGAAUGGAGUCAAUCACAGAUGAGAAUUAUGGGGGCUCUCCAAGGCAUAAUUUUGUGAGCUCUCCAAAGUCAAGACUGGCUACCAAAAGUUCUGGGAGGAAGCGGAAAGCCGAGUAUAGAGACUCAUCAAUGCAAACAGUUUCAAAUGAAGGAGGAAAUAAGAGUAAAGGUGCCAAGAACUAUAGUCGUCACGAAAUCCUUCAAAUGGAUGAGAUGGAGAAAGAUAAUCUCAUGGACGAACUAAGUCUAUCUAACUCCUUACUAAGGGAGAAGAUCCUCGAGUUGAACGAGCUUAUAUUAAAAUAUAUUCUCACUAAAGACUCUAAAUCCGGCGCCAACAAGCCGGUUGGCCCUAGCUCUUUCGCGAAAGGAGAAUUCAAAAAAUUUGACUCAAGCGUGCAUCAGUGCCUCAAGCAGAUGACUCAGGUUCAUGAAGGAGUGGAUCACCUGAAGCACCAGAUGGAUAACGCCUAUGAGAUCGAGAAGAUCAACGAGCUAGAAUCAGAGCUCAAGUAUAAAAUGUCUAAGAUCCAAGAAAUGCUCAUCGAGAACCAAGUCCUCAAAAACGCCAUUAAGAAAGCUAAUUCUGAGAUCCAGGAUGUUAACCUCGAUGGCGAAUAUGAUUUUAGGCGUGCACAACUCGCUAAUGAAUUCAGAGAAGUCAAAGCAGAAUGGAGGGAAACUUAUUACUCCAAAAUUGACAAGCAAAAGCACUGUAUUCAGAUACAUUCUGACGCAGUCGACCAUAGCAAGAAAGUUCGAAAAAUGGCUGAUCUUAUACUUGAAUACAAAAACCUUAGUGACAAACAAAGAAAGGAAGCAACUCUUGAAGAGGGAGAUUUUGUUAUUGAGAAAGAAACACUUGAUAAAAUGGGUAUUGAAGUAGACAAGGCUAACCAGAAACGCCUCAGAGAAGAAAAGAAUUAUGAAGAUACUAUCCUACUUCAGGCACAGAAAAUACAAGAUAAAGAAUACAAAAAUAAGUUACUUGAGCUCAGAGUUAGGGAGAAAGACAAAGAACUUAGAUUAUGUGAACUCAAAUCUAAAGAAUAUAAGAAACAAAUCAGACAUAAUACGCUUAAACCAAUGCCUAAAGAUUCAGGGCCAACCCUUGAGGCACUUAUUAGUCCAAGAUACGAGCCAUUUGCUGGAGCUAAAAUGAGAUACCAGCAAGCAAGGAAUUACUUUUCUCCCAAAAAGAAGAAAAUAGUGAAGAAAAACAUUGAAAAAGAAGACGAAGUGGUUCCUAUAAAACCUAUAAUCGAGGAGGUCGUCGUUCACAAGAAUUACAUUAGACAAAAUAUCGAGAAACUAAAAGCAAAAAAGAAGAAUAUGAAAUAAGGUCGGACAACUGAUGGUCGACUCUGAACAAUUCAAUGCCAUGCUAAAGUCAUUUGAAAAUAAUGUUCCUAAAAAGCCCAAACGCAACCGGUCUCAUAAAAAAUCAAUCCUAACCAAUUCCCAAAAUAAAUCAACCAGAAGACGAUCUCAAAAAGCCCGUGUGCCUAAAAUAGAUCCAAACAACACAGAUUACACUAGAAAUCGUUCAAAACUACAAAUAUCGAAAACUCAGGUAAAACAUUAAAAACCAGGACUUCACAGCCAAGGUUCUUCUAGCCGUGAGUCUCAAUAGCCCAAACCGUUAGAACCAAGGCUAGAGGUCUCCUGACUUGUGAAGCGUUAAUAUAUUGCAUAUACAACAACUUUAAGCGCUAAAUUGUGG